AUGGAGGCAUUUCCCUUGUGGGGUUACAUUCUCGUCUUCCUCCUUCCUCUUCUCAUCACUUACAACCUUCUCUUCAAAAGAACAAAACACAAAAACCUUCCACCAGGUCCAACCCCUCUUCCCAUAAUCGGCAACCUCAACCUCCUCGAACGCCCCCUCCACCGUUUCCUCCAACGCAUGUCCCAAACGCACGGCAAUAUCUUCUCACUCUGGUUCGGUUCGCGUCUCGCCGUCGUCGUUUCAUCGCCCUCGGCUUUCCAAGAAUGCUUCACCGAAAAGGACGUCGCCUUGGCCAACCGACCACGCUCCCUCUCCGGAAAGUACAUCUUCUACAACUACACCACCGUGGGGUCGUGCUCCUACGGCGAGCACUGGCGCAACCUCCGCCGCAUCAUCGCACUCGACGUUCUCUCCACGCAGCGCAUCCAUUCCUUCGCGGGAAUCCGCAAGGACGAAACCGAGAGGAUGAUCUACACCCUCGCCAGGGCCUCGCGCGUGGACUACGCAGGCGUGGAGAUGAGUUCCAUGUUCCAUGACAUGACGUACAACAGCAUGAUGAGGAUGCUGUCGGGGAAGAGGUACUAUGGGAACGAGAUUCAGGCGAAGGAUUUGGAGGAGGCGAAGGAGUUCAGAGAGACGGUGGAGGAGUUGCUGCAACUCGCCGGAGUGUCUAACAAGGCUGAUUAUUUGCCCUUCCUUAGGUGGUUCGAUUUUCAGAACCUGGAGAAGAGGUUGAAGAGUAUUAACAAGAGGUUCGAUACGUUCUUGGAAGCACUCAUUCACGAACAACGCAACAAGAAGGAGAGGGAGAAUACCAUGAUAGAUCAUCUUCUCAAUCUGCAGGAAUCGCAGCCAGAAUAUUACAGUGAUCUAAUCAUCAAAGGCCUUGUUCUGGCUAUGCUAUUCGCUGGCACAGAUUCUUCAGCUGUAACAUUAGAAUGGUCACUGUCAAAUUUACUAAACAACCCAGAAGUGUUGAAGAAAGCAAGAGAAGAAUUGGACGUUCACGUGGGAAAAGAUCGCUUAGUAAACGAGUCAGACCUUCCAAAAUUGACUUACCUUAAGAAGAUAAUCCUUGAGACACUAAGAUUGCACCCUCCUGCUCCACUAUCAAUACCACACGUGUCCUCAGAAGACGUCACUGUUGAAGGAUUCAACGUUCCACGAGACACCAUAGUGAUGAUCAAUAUCUGGGCCAUGCAGAGAGACCCUUCGCUGUGGAAUGAAGCCACACGUUUCAAACCAGAGAGGUUUGACGAAAAGGGGUUGGAGAAGAAGGUGGUUGCGUUUGGAAUGGGAAGAAGGGCUUGCCCAGGAGAAGGUUUGGCUCUGCAGAAUGUUGGAUUAACUCUGGGAUUGUUGAUUCAAUGCUUUGAUUGGAAACGAGUAAACGAGGAUGAGAUUGAUAUGAGGGAAGCAAAUUGGUUCACAUUGUCAAGAUUAACUCCAUUGAAGGCCAUGUGCAAAGCUCGCCCUCUUGUCAACGAUAUUUUCAAGUAA